AUGAACCUCACCCUCCAGGACCCGUUUGCCGUGGCCAAGGAGUUCCCCGAUACCCAUGUCAACACGUUAACCUCAGGCCACCUGGUGGUGAUCCAGUUUAGCCACAAUGGCGACUACCUCGCCCUGGGGGUCACCGACGGCUCCAUUGUCAUCUACGACUUGCUGACCCACGGCGGGGUUGCCGCCCACCUUACCGGAGGCCACGUGCGACCAGUGACGUCGCUUCUGUGGUCGCGAUGUGGCCGCUAUCUCCUCAGUACCGCGCGUGACUGGCGGUGUAAGCUCUGGGACCUUCUGCGUGCCCUUGAAGGUGCCGAGGCGGUGACGGCGGAAAUCAAGUUUGACGGGCCCGCAUGGAUGGCAACAAUGCACCCGUAUGAGCACCAGUGGAUGGCAGCCUCGUUAAUCGACCAGGACCCGGUGUUUAUCGAUUUUUCAUCGCUGCCACCAGUGGUCCACCAGUUGGCUACUGACCCGUUGGGAAGUGAACCGAAACCGGAGAAACACGUGACGUUAGCGGUGACGUUUACUCCUAGUGGUCGCUACCUUCUUACAGGGACGCUGAAAGGGUGGAUGAACAUAUUUGAAGUCGAUGAAACUGGCAGCAAACCCCCGCAUUUAGUGCGCUCGUUUAAAGUGUGUAACGGCAACAUCAAGCUGUUAUGUGUGCUGGCCAACGGACGUAAGCUUGCUGUCAACUCGCUGGACCGGAUCAUUCGCCAGAUAAACAUGCCUGACAUGUAUAAUACUGCCCCCGACGACUGGGAGUUUGAGGUCGAACAUAAGUACCAGGACGUGGUCAACCGGCUCCAGUGGAACUCAGUGGCGUUCAACCACAACGGGGAGUUCCUUUGUGCCCUGUCGUUUGGCAAUUCGUCCCACGACUUGUACUUAUGGGAGACUCAUAUGGGAUCGCUCACUAAGAUUCUUGAAGGCUCCCUGGAGGAGUUGGUCGACGUCAAGUGGAACUUUCGUCGAUGCAUGAUCGGGCUGACGGGGCUUGAUCUGGGCCACAUCUACCUCUGGCUGGUGACGUUCCCGCAGAAAUGGCUGGCGCUUGCCCCUGACUUUGUCGAAGUGGAAGAAAAUAUUGAGUACCAGGAGGGCGAGGGCGAGUUUGAUAUUGUCGACGAUCUGGAGCUUGACCGUAAGCGUCAGGAACAACAGGACUACGACGUCGACAUCUUGACCCCAGAAACAACCGAUGCCCGCGGGUUUGAGCUCGAACCACGCUUUGUCAUCCCCAUUGACUACUACAAGUGA